UGACAUUCAGUAUUUUGUUCACGAUUGGUAGACGAUGACGUGCCGGAAAAUUGUCUCGUAUUAUUUGUUGCACAAUUAAUUAUAAAUAGAUUUUAAGAAUUAUAAACAAAUAAAUUUUAACGUAUUAAAUCCUUUUUAAAUGUAAUUCCUGCUAAAAUGGAGAUUCAUGCAUAAUUCGAGUGAUUCAAGAUGAUUCGUAAAAUCGGGUUUCUCGUGUUACCUUUGUUCUGUUGUGGGAUUGAUUUGGUAAAUGGGAGGAAAAUUGUCGUUUCAGGAGCAUCUUCGAAAUCUGGAGAAGAUGGAAUUGAUCCAGAUUCCUUUCAAAUGAUGCUCAACCACUUUCAGAACGAGAAUUUGAGAUAUCAUCUUCAUGCUUGUGAAUGCUCUGGAAAUAACAAGUCGGCCAAUGCAGAAAGUUUGGAUUGUUCUCGGCAAGCGAGUUCUGAAUGGGAACCACCCAAUUGUCUCAUGCCGGAGAAACCAGGAGGACUAAAAUCCUUUAUUCUAAAAAUGCACGAAGGAAACACGUCAUUUUGUCCACUGGACAACUUUACGUCAAUUCUUGUCUCACUCGGGGGUUCUCCGAAUGAUCAAUAUUCUCCUAAAAUUCUCGAUGAAAAUGGAACUCUGCAAAUUUUCGAUGAUAUUUUUGGACUUUCUCCACCCAGGAAGAUUAAGAAGUCGGGUUAUUGCAUUAUACGCAAAAAGGGAACCAUCAUUUUUAACAUUUGCACCCACGACGUACCCGAAGCAGUUGACCCAUCAAGUUCGAAGUCAUCAUCCUCACCCACCUCGGCAUCUUCCCCGAUCGCAAAUAUUUCAAAUUACGUCAAGAAGUGUUGCAAUUUUGACCAAAUCAUGGACGGUAACAAUCCCAAUAACUGCAUAACUGUGACUAAUAAGACGCAAUGGUGGUAUCCAAUCUACUAUCGGGACGGGCAUAGGCUUCGACUUCAUCACAGUCAUGAAUUACCGAAUCCUACGAUCGUUUAUGGCUUCCCAACCUGUUCAUCCUACAUCAUCGAGAGCUUCAGAGAUAACAAGUUUCCUAACCUGCAAGAAAAUGGGGACGUUAUCCUGGUCGACGAGAAGGCUGUUGCUCCGAAGAAGAAACACACUCCCAUUCUUGCCGGACAGUUUUGCAUUGAUGGUAUCUACAUAAAACACUUGUCCCCGAACGAUGUCCACGAGGAUGAACUUGAAAUGAUGCAAAGAGGAGAUAAGGACAAGGAUAACCAAGAAGAGGAACAAAUUUAUACAUAUUCUGGGUCCGAGUGGCAUCAAGGAAUUAUCGUUUGCACGCCGGAGGACGGGAAUAAGCAUGCAGAAUCUCCGUCCUUCCUGUAUCCUUUGUAUGCUGCGGUGAACCACACGGCGGCGUUGUUCCUCCUCCUGACCGCCGUAGUGUACAUCCUCCUCUGGUCACAUCACAAUAUUCAUGGCUGGCUACAGUUUUCGUACGUUGUCUCCCUAUUUUUCGCCUUCAGCUUUCUAGCCAUUAUUCAGGUUUGGUCUCAAGUCUUUAUCGACCAUUGGCCACGACUUUGUUAUAAUUUGGGCUGGUUGAUACAUUUCUCAAUCUUGAGCAGCUUCUUUUGGCUUACGGCAAUGAAUUUUGACUUAUGGUGGAGAUUCAGUGGACGAAGAUUCAUGAUGAGGAUAAGGUCGAAACCGUGUCGGGAGAAUGUCAAGAAAUUUGUCUUAUUUGCACUGUUUUCUGUCCCGGGACCUGUUGUUAUUACGUGCGUUGCGGUCUAUGUCGACAGGGUGUUUGAAGAGGUCCCAGAUAGCGAAUUGUUGAUACCGAUGCCACGAUUUGGUGUGCACAAAUGUUACUUUGCCGAUCAAAAGUCGUCAUUUCCCUUCCUGUAUUUUCCCAUUGGGAUUUUGCUCUUCAUGAAUUUGCUCUUCUUUUCAUCCACGGUCGUCCAACUGAGAAAGAUUCACAGCGAUACUGAACUGGCCAAAUCCCACAGCACGUCCGAGGACAAAAAUGGGGUCCGACUCAUUGCGAAGCUGUUUAUUGUGAUGGGAGUUUUGUGGACGUUUGAAUUUGUGAGUUUUGCUGCCGGCAUGAUGUUCACCGGAAGUGAAGAACUGCUCAUGUGGAUUUUUAUGCCAACUGAGAUUAUCAACUCGUUUCAAGGUGUUGCAAUUUUUGUUAUUUUUAUUUGCAAACCGAACGUUUUAAGCCAACUUAGUGCAAAGUUUGGGUCUUUGAAAUGUCGAUAAAUGUGUAAAUGGGGGCGAAUCUUACAUGUACAUAUAUUUGAUAUAAUAAUACUGAAGGGUGUGUAACUAGCUUACAAUUU